CAGCUCGAGGAGGGACGAGGAGUCCUCUUCAUCAUAACCGCAGACUCCUCUUCAUCAGAACUACAGACUCCUCUUCAUCAGAACCACAGACUCCUCUUCAUCAGAACUACAGACUCCUCUUCAUCAGAACCACAGACUCCUCUUCAUCAGAACCACAGACUCCUCUUCAUCAGAACUACAGACUCCUCUUCAUCAGAACCGCCGGUCAGAGUUCUGCUGCUUCUCUAUCACUGCGCUGAGAUCUAGAUUUUCUCAGGAUGGAUCAAAUAUCAGCUGAUCCUGAGACGGGUAUGACAAGUGGACCGAGUCAGAACCGUUCAGCACCUCACUCCGGUUCAGCUCAAACGUUCGACUGGUCUUCCCGCCUGCAGUAUCCCGGUGUGUCCAGCGGGGGGCAGCGCUGCUCCACACACACCCACUGUGCUGCUGCGUCAUCCCUCCAUCCUCUGGUGCCCCUCCUCCUCUACAGCGACAGACUCCUCCCGCCCCCCUCCCAGCCAAUCAGUGCGUCCCAACCCGCCUUUGGGUCACAAUCAAACAGCUGCAGGCAGCCGGUGAAGAAGCCUCUGAACGCCUUCAUGCUCUACAUGAAGGAGAUGAGGCAGAAGGUGCAGCAGGAAGGAGGCCAGAGGGAGAGCGCCGCCAUCAACCGGAUCCUGGGACGCAGGUGGCACACGCUGCCUCGCUCGGAGCAGUCCAAGUACUACGAGCUGGCCCAGAAGGAGCGGCUGCUGCACAUGCAGCUCUACCCGGGAUGGUCCGCCAGGGACAACUACGGCAAGAGGAAGAGGAGGCGGAGCCAGCGGCCAUCAGGAAGCUGCUGUGCAUCUGCUUUGGUUAAAUAACGCUCAGGUGACCGUGAGACCUGUGGAGAAGGUUUCCAAACUCCAAACACGGAUUCGUCAACUUGAUUAACCACUUGCUAUGAAAACUAGUAAAUGUGGAUUUUCUUUAUCGUUGUGCAGAAAUUAAAUGACCUUAAAGUGCAGU